AUGAAUGAGAAUAUAACUGAAGCAGAAUCGGCAACCCUUGAAGCACUAUCAAGAUCAAAGCUGGGAAGUCCAUCUUCUGGAAAUUCUUGGUUGGGUUCGUUGAUUGCUACUAUUAUUGGCAAUCUCAAGAUCUCCAUUAGCAAUGUUCAUAUUAGAUAUGAGGACUCUAUCAGCAAUCCAGGAAACCCAUUUGCUUGUGGUGUUACUCUAGCAAAGCUUGCUGCUGUUACAACGGAUGAGCAGGGGAAUGAGACCUUUGACACCAGUGGUGCUCUAGAUAAAUUGCGGAAGUCAUUGCAACUUCAAAGGCUUGCUGUGUACCAUGACCCAAAUUGCCUUCCCUGGAAGUUGGAUAAAAAAUGGGAAGAUCUUAGCCCUAAAGAAUGGAUUGAGAUCUUUGAAGAUGGUAUUAGUGAAUCUGCAAAUGGUGAUGGAAUGGUGUCUACAUGGGCUCGAGAUCGCAACUAUGUAGUUUCACCUAUCAACGGAGUUCUUAAAUAUCAUCGUUUGGGAAAUCAAGAAAGAAAUGAUCCUCAUGUUCCAUUUGAGAAGGCUUCUCUUAUUUUAAGUGAUGUAUCUUUAACAAUCACUGAGGCUCAGUAUCACGACUGGAUCAAACUCCUGGAAGUCAUUUCACGAUACAAGACAUAUGUUGAGGUUUCCCAUUUAAGACCUGUGGGACCAGUUUCAGAGGCUCCCAGUUUGUGGUGGCGUUAUGCUGUUCAAGCUGCCUUGCAGCAGAAGAAGAUGAGCUAUCGAUUCUCGUGGGACCGAACUCAGCAUUUAUGUCAUCUACGUCGACGUUACAUCCAGUUGUAUGCUGGUUCAUUGCAACAGUUUCCGAAUGUUGAUUACUCAGAAAUUAGAGAUAUUGAGAAAGAUCUUGAUCCCAAAGUGAUUCUCUUAUGGAGAUUCAUAGCACAUGCCAAGGUUGAAUCUGUAAAAUCAAAAGAAGCAGCUGAACAGAGAUUGCUUAAAAAGAGAAGCUGGUUUUCCUUUCCAUGGCGUACUCCCACUGGAGAUGCCUCUGAAGGGAAUACUUCUGAGAGAUCUCAGUUGUUGGAGGAAAGACUGACUAAAGAAGAAUGGCAGGCAAUUAAUAAUUUACUUAGCAACCAGCCAGAUGAGGACAUGACAUCACAUUCUGGAAAGGAUCUGCAGAAUAUGAUUCACUAUUUGGUAAAUGUACAAAUUGGCCAAGCUGCUGCCAGAAUCAUCAGUAUAAAUCAGACUGAGAUAGCUUGUGGUAGAUUUGAGCAACUUCAUGUUUCCACAAAGAUUAAACAUAGGACCACUCAUUGUGAUGUGACAUUGAAAUUUUAUGGUUUGUCUGCUCCUGAAGGUUCACUUGCCCAGGUUUCUAUUCUCCAAGUGCAAGAUUUUCAUUUGCUGAUAACCGAUGGGUUUCUCAAAUUCAUAGCACAUGCCAAGGUUGAAUCUGUAAAAUCAAAAGAAGCAGCUGAACAGAGAUUGCUUAAAAAGAGAAGCUGGUUUUCCUUUCCAUGGCGUACUCCCACUGGAGAUGCCUCUGAAGGGAAUACUUCUGAGAGAUCUCAGUUGUUGGAAGAAAGACUGACUAAAGAAGAAUGGCAGGCAAUUAAUAAUUUACUUAGCAACCAGCCAGAUGAGGACAUGACAUCACAUUCUGGAAAGGAUCUGCAGAAUAUGAUUCACUAUUUGGUAAAUGUACAAAUUGGCCAAGCUGCUGCCAGAAUCAUCAGUAUAAAUCAGACUGAGAUAGCUUGUGGUAGAUUUGAGCAACUUCAUGUUUCCACAAAGAUUAAACAUAGGACCACUCAUUGUGAUGUGACAUUGAAAUUUUAUGGUUUGUCUGCUCCUGAAGGUUCACUUGCCCAGAGUGUGUCUAGUGAGCAGAAGUUGAAUGCAUUAGCUGCUAGUUUUGUAUAUGCACCAGUAGGGGAGAAUGUGGACUGGAGGCUUUCAGCAACAAUUUCUCCCUGCCAUGUUACGGUUUUCAUGGAAAGUUAUAAUCGCUUUCUUGAAUUUUUGAAGAGGAGUAAUGCAGUUAGCCCCACAGUUGCACUGGAAACCGCAAAUGCAUUGCAGAAUAAGAUUGAGAAGGUGACUCGCAGAGCUCAAGAGCAAUUUCAAAUGGUAUUAGAGGAACAAAGCAGAUUUGCUCUUGAUAUCGACCUUGAUGCUCCAAAAGUCAGAGUUCCAAUAAGAACUUGUGCCUCCUCCAAAUGUGAUAGUCAUUUUCUGGUGGAUUUUGGUCAUUUUACUUUGCACACCAAGGAGGGUCAGCCUAAUGAUCAGGGGCGAAGUCUGUAUUCUCGUUUUUAUAUAUCCGGAAGGGAUAUAGCUGCUUUCUUUACCGAUUGUGGUUCUGAAAGACAGAUGUGCACUCUGGCAAUUCCAACUUAUUAUGGUCAACCUUCCAUCUCUCAUAUUUUGGAAGAUGCCAGUGAUGUNCGGAAGGGAUAUAGCUGCUUUCUUUACCGAUUGUGGUUCUGA